AUGGCUUCCAACGUGGUAGUCAUCGAUAAGGGCUUCAAUAGAGCAACCAUAAAAGUCACUCCCGGAACUUUCAUGAGUGAAGUUGUCUCGGAAGCCUGUAAGAAGCUUGGAAAGAAAAAUACCAACUACGAUCUCAAGAAAAGCAACGACAAGCCCAUCGAUUUAUCCCAAACAUAUCGUCAAACUGGUCUCACCACCGGCGCAAAGCUCACCUUGGUCGAAGCUUCCAGAUCACCCGCUCCAGUUUCCAUUGCGCUCCAACUACCACAAGAUCUCGCAUCUGCGGCUCCGGGUGGGAGAUUGAAAGAUACUUUUCCUAGUAAUACAACAUUGUGGCUUGUUCUCCGCAAAUUCGAGUCGAGCAACGGAGUUGCAAAUUUAAAUUUCACGGGAAGAGGAGUAGCGCAACUACAAAAUGGCGCUUCAGGAGCUGGUCGCAUGGUGUAUGAGAUGCCGGUGCUGAAUGUGAUGGGAAGAGAAAUGGCUACAUUUGGAGAUCUACAGAAGACGCUUGCGAAUUUGGGAUUGAAUAAGGGGACGGGAUUGCUGAGACUUACAUUUCGACAGACGGAUCAACCCAUUGAGGAGGCUAUGAAGGAUAUUGGAGAGUACUUCAAAGAGGAAGAGCAAGAAUCCGAAGUCUCUUCCGAAACGCCGCAGAAGACUGAAGCUGUAACGGAUACUGCUACUCAUCUCCCUCCUUCUGAAUCAGAACCACAAAAUGAAGACACGAUUAUGGAGGAUUCUGACCCUUCAGAUACAACUCCCUAUUCAACACCCACACCCGCCGGCGCAACCACAAACACUACACCUUCCAAUCCACCUCCGCCCUCCUCGACUGACCCCUCAACCUCCCCUCAAAUUCUUGGCCCCGACGGCCUUCCCGUAGUUGUCUUCUCCGCUCCUAACAACUCCACUCCCCGCGCAGCCCUCGCCCCUCACAACGACGCCGAUUACAUUCCUACCAUCCACCACGCCAAAUCCGUGCUAUCUCGUCUUCAAAAUAGUUCUCAAAACACGAAACUUCUUUCAUACGAUGAGGAACUGGCGCUUGAAACAUCCCGUCAAGAUCGUCUAUCCAAAAUCAAAGAAAUCCCUCUUCGUAUUCGAUUCCCAGAUCAAAUGGCUGUCAGUAAAUCCAUCACUAAUGAGUCUCACGGAAAAUGGCUUUAUGAAUAUGUGCGCGGAUUAAUCGUUCAUGAAAAUGAACCGUUCAAAUUGAUCUAUCAGGGCAACAAAGGAAGAGAAACAAUACCCAAUGAAGAUAGUAAAUUCUUGAUCAAGCAUUUGGGAAUUCAAGGUCCAACGGUGAUUAAUUUAGCGUGGGAAGAUUCGGCGAAUAUUGAGGGAUUGAAGGGGAAACCAGUGUUGAAGGAUGUCUAUAGGGAGAAAGCUACAGAGCAGCCAGUACCCGUUGUGGAGAGUGUGGAGGAGAAAGAAGAGGAGAGAAAGCCCGAGGAGGUGAAGAAGGAUGAUGGGGGUGGAGAAAAGAAGAAGAAGGGAUUGCAUAAUCUUAUUAUGAAGAAUCUGAAGAAGAGGUAG